AACAGCGGUGAAAGAGCUAAGGGGUUACAUUAAUGACCUGAGUACCACUAUUUAUUGACAUAGUAAAUAUGUUUGCUGCUAUAAUAACAUCCAGAAUGUGAAAUGCAGCCUUCAAACCGCGGAGCGCUGCCGGCCCGAUCACCUCAUCACUCAGUUUCCGGCUCAUUCGGCGUGUUUGCUCAGUUUGACCUACGAACCGACCGAGAGCCAGAUUUAUUUUUGAUGGGUGAGGCGAAGCGAAUGAUUUCACAAAACUCAACACGAUGUGAAUUCUGCGAUGUGAGAAGAAGUGGAAAGAACAAGUCCCAUCUCGUUCCACUCCGAGUGGCUGAGUGGAGUUUGAUUUCAGCAGCUCCUGGUCGGACCCGUUUUCAGGCUGUCUGUGUUCAGCGUGUUGGAGGAAGCCCUCGGAGCCAGGAGGUCGAAACUAAAGAAGCUGCAUUCUGGGUGAGAAGAGAAGCGUGUCGUCGUCGACGUGGACACAUCGAACGGGACAAGACGACCGCGUUGAGCUCAUCGCCGCAGAGGGAACCCGACACACACAGCUGUGAAGCUUCAGCAUCUGGACCAUGUUCUCCUCCGCUACCCCGUACAAGAACCAGCACUACUCCCAGCUGAAGAACGACCGCAUCAACGACAAGACGCUCUUCGAGGACCCCGAGUUCCCGGCCACCGAUGCCUCGCUGUACUUCAAGAGACCCCCUCCCGGAAUGGUGGAGUGGAAACGACCGGCGGAGAUAAGCAACGAUCCCUAUCUGUUCGUGAAGGGCAUCAGCUCCCACGACCUGAACCAGGGAGUGGUGGGGAACUGCUGGUUCGUUGCCGCCUGCUCCUGCCUGGCUCUGAAGCCGGACCUCUGGAAGAAGGUCAUUCCCGAUCACAUGGCCCAGGAGUGGGAUCACAAACACCCGGAGAAGUAUGCUGGAAUUUUCCACUUUCAGUUCUGGGUGUUUGGAGAGUGGGUGGACGUGGUGGUGGACGACCGGCUGCCGACAAUCAACGGCGAACUCAUCUACUGUCACUCGAAAGACAACAACGAAUUCUGGAGCGCUCUGCUGGAGAAGGCCUACGCCAAGCUCUCCGGCUGCUACGAGUCUUUGGAUGGGGGAAACACCGGAGACGCCGUGGUGGAUUUCAGUGGCGCCGUGGCUGAAGCCAUCGACCUGGAGAAAGAAGCUUACUACAAGGACCAGAAAAAACAAGACCAGCUGUUAGAGGAUCUGCUCAAGGUCUACGACCGCGGAGGAAUCAUAAGCUGCUCAAUUAAGGCAAGUCCGAAUGAGAUUGAAAUGGAGAUGGCCAACGGGCUGGUGAAAGGCCACGCGUACUCUGUGACCGCGGUGAAGAAGGUGCGCGUGGGUCACGGGCUGCUGGCCUACGUCAAGAACGAAACCAUUCCUCUGAUCCGCAUGAGGAACCCCUGGGGCAAGACCGAGUGGAAAGGGGCCUGGAGUGACAGCUCCGAGGAAUGGUCGACGGUCGGCGACAUGGAGAGGGCCAAUCUCGGCAUCACGGUGGAGGACGAUGGGGAGUUCUGGAUGGAGUUCACGGACUGGUGCAAGUUGUUUUCGAACGCCGACAUCUGCCGCCUCAUCAACACGUCUGUGAUCAGCGUCUACAAGACGUGGAACGAGGUCGUGCACUUUGGCAGCUGGACCAAGAACGCAGAGCCGCUCUUGAACCGCUGCGGCGGCUGUGCUAACCACAAGCUAACGUUCCUGCAGAACCCUCAGUUCUUGUUCGAUGUGACGAAGGAGGCCGACGAGGUCCUGAUUUCUUUGCAACAGAAGGACAUGAAGAGCCACAGGAAAUAUGGACGGGGGGAGAAUCUCAGCAUCGGCUUCGCUAUCUUCAAGGUGGAGCUGAACAGGAAGUAUCGGAUGCACGACAUCCUGACCCAGGGCUGCGUGGAGACGUCCACCUACAUCAACGCCCGCACGGUGUUCAUGAGGUGCACGCUGCAGCAGGGCCGCUACGUCAUCAUCCCCACCACCUUCGAGCCGCUCACGCUGGGCGACUACAUGAUCCGAGUGUACACCGACGUGGACUCGGGCUGCAGGGAGCUGACGGAGGACAAGCCCAAAAUCAACUGCUGGAGCUCCUUCGUCGGGUACCCACAAGCUGUGACUCACGUCUACGUCCACGGAGCCGAGGAGCUGCAGAACCAGGACCGCGCAGGAGGUGCCGACCCCUACGUCAUCAUUUCCUGUGAGGGCCGGUCCGUCCGGUCCACCGUCAAGACGGACACCCUGCAGCCCGAGUUCCUCACCAGCGCCAUUUUCUACAGGAAGAAACCCAGGAAGCCCGUCACCGUGCAGGUGUGGAACAGCAACGGCGUGAAGGACGAGUUCAUGGGCCAGGUGGUGCUGUCCGGCUCGGUGAAGGACACCUACGAGCCGCAGCGGCUGCAGCUGAGGAAGCGAGGCCGGCAGUCGGCCGACGAGAUGCCCGGCAGCAUCAGCCUGAGGAUCGCCACCUCCACUCAGCUGACCGCCAUGUGACCUCUGACCUCGGCGAGGCCUCCAUCACCUCCGAGGACCACGCGGCGAACGUCUUCGUCCGCGAUUGUGACUCAUUUUUUAUCCUUUUCUAAUGUUUACUUUUUAUAUAUCAUCGUGUAACUUGUAAAGUAUUUUUAUAUAUUGGCAUUUUUUAAAUUGCGUGUAAAGAUAUCAUUCCUUUUUUUAUUUUACACUCGAUGCUGUGAGUGUAAUUUGUCAAGUCUUAACAUAUACUUUAUUAUUUUAUCUUUUAUGUUCACCUUUUAUGCAGAAAAAAAAACUCAUCGAAGAUGUAAUAAUGCGUUAUAUAUUUCUUUUAAUGCACCUUCUGCUCCUUCCAUCAUCAUCGUGGUGUAAACUCGUGAUUAUUAAAUGAAAUGCAAAACACUAAAUGGCAUUUAAAGAAAUUUAACCUAGAAUCACAACUAACACACAACUCUGGUUUUCUUCCUCUUUUUUUAAUUUCAGUCCAGUUCCCAAAACUGCAAUAUUUUGUUUGUUUUACAACUCAAGACACAGCCAUGCACAAUUCAAAGUUCAAAAAAGUCUAUUGCUUCAACCACAAUUAAAAAUACUUUUAUCCAAAACCCCA